CCUUGGCACCAGCUCCGCUGAAAUGUGAUGCCAUUGGUUUUCAGUAAAGGUUCCUUUCUGCAGGGCUGCAAACACAGAUCAGCUGCUACUGUGUAUACACAACCGGGGAGCAGAUCAACCCGCACAGUUAAAAGCAGCCUUUUUAACCCUGAGACUUUCCAAGAUCUCUUCUUCACGCAGGAAGUUUCCUUCUCUGUUGUCAGAUUUAGCACCGUGCUCUUGUCAUCAGAUCCGAGCUAGGCUCCCUGCCGCACAGUAGAGAGGCUUCCUUAAGACAUUUGUCCUUGAAACUGCACCAAACUCUUGGAAGAACCCAGAACGUAGCUGACAAUUUACUGGCUCAUCAAUGAAACAAUAUUAAAUUAUGAAGAUGUAAGGAAAAAAUCCUACGCUAACAUUGUUGCAGUUUGAAAGGCUUCUCUGCAGAAUGUCAAGCAAAGAUCGACACAUUGACUCCAGCUGCUCGUCCUUCAUCAAGACGGAACCCUCCAGCCCGGCCUCCCUGACGGACAGCGUCAACCACCACAGCCCAGGUGGCUCUUCAGACGCCAGCGGGAGCUACAGUUCAACCAUGAAUGGCCAUCAGAACGGACUUGACUCGCCACCUCUCUACCCGUCUGCUCCUAUCCUCGGAGGGAGUGGGCCUGUCAGGAAACUGUAUGAUGACUGCUCCAGCACCAUUGUUGAAGAUCCCCAGACCAAGUGUGAAUACAUGCUCAACUCGAUGCCCAAGAGACUGUGUUUAGUGUGUGGCGACAUCGCAUCCGGGUACCACUAUGGGGUAGCGUCGUGCGAAGCCUGCAAGGCGUUCUUCAAGAGGACGAUUCAAGGUAAUAUAGAAUACAGCUGCCCUGCCACGAAUGAAUGUGAAAUCACCAAGCGCAGACGUAAAUCCUGCCAGGCUUGCCGCUUCAUGAAGUGUUUGAAAGUGGGCAUGCUGAAAGAAGGGGUGCGUCUUGACAGAGUACGUGGAGGUCGGCAGAAGUACAAGCGCAGAAUAGAUGCGGAGAACAGCCCCUACCUGAACCCUCAGCUGGUUCAGCCAGCCAAAAAGCCAUUGCUCUCGUCUGAUCCUGCAGAUAACAAGAUUGUCUCACAUUUGUUGGUGGCUGAACCAGAGAAGAUCUAUGCCAUGCCUGACCCUACUGUCCCUGACAGUGACAUCAAAGCUCUCACCACCCUGUGCGACUUGGCCGACCGGGAAUUGGUGGUUAUCAUUGGAUGGGCGAAGCACAUUCCAGGCUUCUCCACGCUGUCCCUGGCGGACCAGAUGAGCCUUCUGCAGAGUGCUUGGAUGGAAAUUUUGAUCCUUGGUGUCGUAUACCGAUCUCUUUCAUUUGAGGAUGAACUUGUCUAUGCAGAUGAUUAUAUAAUGGAUGAAGACCAGUCCAAGUUAGCAGGCCUUCUUGACCUAAAUAAUGCUAUCCUGCAGCUGGUAAAGAAAUACAAGAGCAUGAAGCUGGAGAAAGAAGAAUUUGUCACCCUCAAAGCCAUAGCUCUUGCUAAUUCAGACUCCAUGCACAUAGAGGAUGGGGAGGCCGUCCAGAAACUUCAGGACGUCUUACACGAGGCGCUGCAGGAUUACGAGGCCGGCCAGCACAUGGAAGACCCGCGCCGGGCCGGCAAGAUGCUGAUGACGCUGCCGCUGCUGAGGCAGACCUCCACCAAGGCCGUGCAGCACUUCUACAACAUCAAACUGGAAGGCAAAGUCCCCAUGCACAAACUUUUUUUGGAAAUGCUAGAGGCCAAGGUCUGACUAAAAGCUCCCUGGGCCUUCCUGUCCUGCACGCCGAAAAAGGGAAAAUCAACCCCAGAGUGAUGUCGAAGAAACAUAGAGUUUAGUUACCAACAUCAAAAAUCAACGGACUGCGCUGAUCAUUUAGCAGCAAGACUGUGAAGCAGCUUUCAGAUUCCUCCACAUCUUCCUGAUGAGUUUCUCUGGCCCUUUUCUCACCUGCCUU